GAAAAACUGAAACAUGGUCGUAUGUUGAAAAUUUCAAUUUUUUAAAUUAAGAAAUUUGGCUGCAAAAUUCAUGCAGUGCAUAUUGUAAUGUAAGCAGAUAGCUACUCUUCCAAGAAUAUCUGGUAUCUUUUUAUUAUAUUUAAUUCCAAUCUGAAAAAGACUAAUUUGUAUUAUGCAUUGGUACUAUUAUCCAUAUCUUAUACUCUUAUUUUACAGUGUUUUUCAUAGUUAUGAUUGUUACUUGUUAAUUUUUGAAUGGUAUAUUUGCUAAGUCGUCAGCACAUAAGAUUUGCUUCCCCUAGAUAGAGGCUAAAGCAAGCUUCGCACAAUUAAUUUCUUGGUUGUGACUGGUCACAUUAAUCAUGUAAUUAACAUCUAAUUUAUCUGACUUUUUUCAUUUCUUUAGUUUAAUAAUUUCAUACUUUUCUGUUUUUCCAAUAUAUCAAACCAAACGUACCCUUCUUCAAAGUCAACUCCCUUGUAACGAGAAAAAUUAAAUUAAUUUAAUUGAACGAUGACAUUCUUUUGCAAAACAAAAGUUAUUAAACUGGCCUCGUGGUGUGGUGGUAUAAGAACUUCGGCUGAGAUGCCCGCCAUCACGAAUUCGAGCCCCGGCCACAGCGGAUUUAACAUCCCUUUCGUUGGGGCACUGGACUCCCUACGGGAUAGUUGGGAAUGUGGCUGCCCAGAUACCAGAGUUACCAAAAAAAAAUAAAAAAACAAAAGGUAUUUGUAAAAUACAAAAACAGACUUAUACAGGUUUAUACUUUCUGGCGAAAAUGAGUUAAUGAUUCCAUUGUCGGAAAAUCUAAUAUUCAGAAUAUCUAAAAUAAAAAAAUUAUUUACAGGCCUUACUAAUUCCAGUGACGACAAAAAUAAUAAACAUAACACCAACAGAAUAAACCUCCUAAAAAAAAGUCAACUCCUUUCAUCAUCUUCACGAUUUUGUUCCCACAUGAUAAAUACCCAAAGAAGCUAUUCCUAGUAACGUCUCCACAACAUUUUCCUCUCGACUCUCCAAGAUGCGAAACGACGCGUUUUGUCUCCACUAAAACGGUGUCGUUAGUAGCUGCGUAGUCCCCAAGUUAACCCUCUUGCUUCGUCUACAAAUGGGAAACGGAGCCAGUGGCUGUUGCGUGGCCGGAGACACUUCCACGCGAUGCGGUGUCGAACGCUUUCACGACAACCUCGGCCACUCUUUCAGCUAUGUCCGGCCAGUCCUCGACGGAUCAAGACCUUCUUUCACGCAGGAACCGUCUCUCCAACCCGACCCGAUCCCCGGAACCACGACCACUUUCCGUUCAAUCUCCGGCGCGUCCGUUAGCGCCAAUAAUUCAACGUCUCUCUCUGACUCUCUCUCAACGGACGUGUCGUUAAAGGCCUCCGGGUUUGAGAGCUCUAAUAAGUUCGCUUCAUUUCCCCUCAAGCCCGUGCCGCGUGGUCCGACGAAGAAGCAGAGUCACGUGUCCGGUCCGUUCGAGCGACGGUUUUUAUCCGGUCCGAUCGAAACCGGUUUGGUUAAGAAGAAAAAGAAGACCAAAUCAUUUUCUAAACCUAAACCGAACAAGAGACUUGCCACAUUCAAAACCAUUUUCACAAACUUGAUAUCUAACAAUCAAUCUCGCUCGAAGAAGAGCUUGAUCGAGCCAAUCAACAGUUUCAAUUCAUCAACUUCGGAUCAUCAUAGACCUGAGAUCAAUAACUCAAGUACAAGCACGACUCUGAGCAGCCAAGAGAGCCCUAGAACCAAAGAAGGAGAAGACUCUGAAGAAGAAGAUGAUGAAGAAGAAGAGGGGAAGAGUGAGUCUUCUCUAGAGGAGCCAAAGAUUCAAUGGGCGGAGGGUAAAGCAGGGGAAGACAGAGUACACGUCAUCCUCUCUGAAGAAAACGGUUGGCUUUUCGUGGGAAUUUACGACGGAUUCAACGGUCCAGAUCCACCGGAUUAUCUACUCAACAAUCUCUACACCGCCGUGCUCAAAGAGCUCAAAGGGUUGCUAUGGGACGACGAAGACAACUCCGAUGAUAUCGCAUCAUGUAGCGAAGACGGUCAGUCCCAGUCCCAGAUCAAGAAACAGAGUACACUGGAAGGAGGCACUGUUGCUUGUGACACAAGAAAAAUAGUUUCUUGUGACUCAAGAAACAUUAUUGAGGAUGUGAAGAAGCUGCAAUGGAGAUACGCUUCGAAACAGAAUUGUACAGAAUCUGACUCGGAGAUGAUUAACCACAAAGACGUGCUGAAAGCACUUGAACAAGCGUUGAUGAAAACAGAGGAAGCGUUUGAUCAAACGGUUGAUGAGAAUCCAGUACUAGCCUUGAUGGGAUCCUGCGUUCUCGUGACGUUAAUGAAAGGUGAAGACGUUUACGUGAUGAGCGUCGGAGAUAGCCGAGCGGUUUUGGCUCAAAGAUCUUAUCUCGGGCGUAAGAAGAUGCCAAAUGAUCUUCAGAGAAUCAAGGAAGAGAGUCCGCUAAAGACUUGUUUGGUCAGAGAAAAAAGAGUUAGUCUUCUGGUUCCUGUUCAGCUCAAUAUGGAACACAGCACAAACGUUCAAGAGGAAGUGAGAAGAAUCAGGAAUGAACAUUCUGAUGAUCCAUUGGCGAUAGAGAGUGGUAGAGUGAAAGGUUAUCUCAAGGUCACUCGUGCAUUUGGCGCUGGAUUUCUCAAACAACCGAAAUGGAACAAGGCGGUUCUAGAGAUGUUCAGAAUAAACUACGUUGGAUCAUCGCCGUACAUCACGUGCUCUCCGUCGCUUCACCACCACAGACUCACGCCGCAUGAUAAGUUCCUUAUCCUCUCAUCUGAUGGAUUGUACGAAUACUUCUCGAGUGAGGAAGUCAUCUUCGAGGUCGAGUCUUUCAUCUCAGCCUUCCCUGAAGGCGAUCCUGCUCAGCAUCUCAUCCAAGAAGUCCUCCUUCGAGCUGCCAAAAAAUAUGGUAUGGACUUCCACGAAUUGUUGGAGAUACCCCAAGGGGAUCGUCGCAGGUACCAUGACGAUGUUUCUGUCAUUGUGAUUUCACUCGAAGGAAGAAUUUGGAAAUCUUCCAUGUGAAUAAAAAACCGUGUGUGAUCCACAUAGUUUUUGUUAUGUAUCUAUUUCUCGCAUACUCAAUAUGCUGUGUUUUUCAUAACCAAAAUUUUAGUUUAGUAAAUAUGAUAUAUAAUGCAAGAAGAGAAUGACCAUUUUAGUUUGGCAUAAUAUAUAGUUAGACGGUAUGUAUCUUCUUGUAUUGGUCAGUUAACUAUAUCUGGUAAGGAGAAACAACAUCCCCCUGCUUUCAAUAUGCCA